AUGGCUACCCCUAGUGUUCUAGUCUUUGAUGCUGAGGGUCGGGCUGUUGACUUUGAGGUCUGGGUCGAUGAUCUACAGCUUUUCCUACGGUGCGAUAGGAAGGACGGUCUCUCCCUGUUCGAUCUCACAUCUGGCGCCUCUACUGCCCCUGCUGCCGAUGCUGACAGCACUGUUCACUCACAGUGGGCCACACGCGAUGCUGCUGUCCGUCUUGCUGUGCGUAGUCACUUACCGUCCACUGAGCGCGCGCACUUUAGUCAGUACAAGAGUGCUAAGACCUUGGACCACUUCCUCUCUGUUUGCCCCACCACACUCACCGUUGACCUCCUCGAGGAGCGCCUCCUGGCAGCUGAGAAGAGUAUAGUCGCUGUAGGAGCCUCUCGUGGUGACCCUCGUGCCCCCGUCUUUGAGGGGUGCUCCCCCUCCCCCCUUUUGCCCUCUGUUGCCUCUGCUGCUGCCGUCGACUUCGUUGGCUUCGAGUCGGUCGGCGCUGCGUCUGCCCCUAGCGGGCGACGCCGCACCGGCAAGGGCAAGGGGGGCAAGGGCGCUGGAGGGGCUGGCGGGGGCGGUGGAGGUGGCGGUGGAGGAGGCGGAGGGAGUGGGGGUGGUGGUGGGAGUGACGGCGGGGGUGGGGGCUUCGGUGGCGGCAGUGGAGGCGGAGGCGGCGGCGGCGGUGGCGGUGGGAGCGGAGGAGGAGGCAGUGGAGGCGGUGGCGGAAGUGGCGGCGGAGGAGGUGGAGCUAGUCGGGGUGGCUCUGCGCAGCGGGGCGGCUUCGGUGGUGGUCAGCGCCAGCAGCAGCAGCGCGCUCGUGAGACCCCGCCCCCCCAGCAGCUUCGUGAGUGGUACUCUGCGCGUCAGCGGGGUGGGGGUACUGGUCCUUGUGCCUACGUCCUGUGUACCGGCGACCGCACUGGUGAGCAGUGCGGUGGCCCGCACACCACCCAGCGCUGCUUCGGCCGCCUGACGGACGCUUGGCGUCUCCAUUUCCCUGACGCCACUGAGAUCCCCCGCUGGGGCGAGCUGCUUAGGUCGGGAGUUGCUGUCUUUGAUCUCGAUUAUGAUGCCAUUCUUGCUGCCAUGUAUGUUGUGUCUACUAGUGAUGAGGGUGACUGUUACCUGUAUGUUCUGCCUGACCCGGGCAUUGAGGCUGCUGCUCUAGGUGCUGGUGAGGCUGCUGCUCUAGGUGCUAGUGCGUCUGCUGCCCCAGGUGCUGGUGAGUCUGCUCUCUCAGGUACCACCCCCUUCUAG